AUGCGAUGGGUGCGCGCCAAAUUUCUGCUUCUGGCCUCCAGGUUACUCCGCCUCCCGUCAAGGUAUUCCGUGCUUCCCCGCUCAUCUCGCCAUGGUAGAGCUCUCUUUGCUCGGAGCCCGCGGGCCGCGCACCGCCGUAUCCUCCUGCUUGUCCAGAUAGCAGUAGCAAUCCUUUUGUGCAAUAUCGUACUAACACCGAUCUUCUGGCCUUCGUACACGCACCUCCCACCUUGCUACGAGAAUCUCAAAAACAUAGUUUCAACUUCCGGCACCCGCGGACGAGGAAACCCCCACAAUGAAAAGAUAUUCAUCGCCGCCAUCUUGUACGAUCGCAAUGGGGAGCUCGCCAGCGGCCAAUGGGGCGAUGCGCUCGUGCAGCUGAUCGACCUGCUUGGUGAAGACAACGUCUUCCUCAGCUUGUACGAAAAUAACAGCGGGCAAAAGGGCCAGCAAGCCCUCGACGCCCUAUCGCAGCGGAUCCCAAGCAACAAGUCCAUCGUGGUGGAUCUCGAUGUCGACGAACACACUACCUUCGAUACCUUCCCCCGCGUCACGCUCCCCCACGGAGAAAAGCGCAUCAAGCGCAUCGACUACCUCGCCGCGCUGCGGAACCGCGCUCUGCGCCCCCUCGACGAGCAGAACCACAUCAAGUACGAUAAACUCCUCUACCUGAACGACGUCUACUUCAACCCCGUCGAAGCCCUCCAGCUCCUCUUCUGCACGAACGCUCAUCCCCCGCGGAAUAUCCCCUCCUACCGCGCCGCCUGCGCCGUCGACUUCAGCAACCCCUUCAAAUUCUACGAUAGCUACGCUACCCGCGACCUGGCAGGGUACGGCAUCGGCCUCCCGUUCUUCCCGUGGUUUACAACAGCAGGGCACGGACGGAGUCGCAACGAUGUGCUAGCAGGCCGGGACGCGGUGCGCGUGCGCAGUUGCUGGGGCGGGAUGGUCGCGUUCGACGCGGGGUAUUUCCAGAAGGAAGAUCCGGUGCGGUUCCGCGCUGAUAACGAGGUAUUCUGGGACGCGUCGGAGUGCUGUCUUGUGCAUGCGGAUUUGCAGGAUGCGCCGGGCGAUGUAGACGAGAUUCAGGAUACGGGCGUUUACAUGAACCCGUUUGUGCGGGUGGCGUAUACGCCGAGGACGUUGGCGUGGCUGGGAACCACAAGGCGGUUUGAGCGGUUGUAUGCGCGUGCGCAUGACCUGCUGAACCGGGUUGUUGGGCUGCCGUGGUAUAAUCCGCGGAGGGCGGAGGUGCCAGGAUCAAAAGUCAAACGGGAGGUCUGGGUUCCCGAUGACGGGUUACAGAGUGGUGGUUCGUUUCGGAUGGUGGAGGUUACGGCAGGGAACGAUGGGUUCUGUGGCCGACGGGGGAUGGAGGUGGUUGUGGAAGAUAGAAGACCAGAUCAGGAUGGGUUCGAGGCUCUACCUCUCCCUUCUUAA